AUGUCCAGAUCCGGGGACAGGACCUCCACCUUCGACCCCAGCCACAGCGACAACCUGCUGCACGGCCUCAACCUGCUGUGGAGGAAGCAGCUCUUCUGCGACGUGACCCUGACGGCCCAGGGCCAGCAGUUCCACUGCCACAAGGCCGUGCUGGCCUCCUGCUCCCAGUACUUCCGAUCCCUCUUCUCCAGCGGCGGCGGGAGCGGCGGGCACCCCCACGCCCUGGGGCUGGGGCCCGGCGCCCAGGACGGGCUGGGGGGCCCGCCGAAGGAGCCGCCGCCGCCGCAGCCGCAGGAGGAGCCCGGCACCCCGUCCUCCUCCCCGGAGGACAAGCUGCUGGCCAGCCCGCGGGCCAUCAACAACCUGGUGCUGCAGGGCUGCUCGUCCAUCGGGCUGCGGCUGGUGCUGGAGUACCUGUACACGGCCAACGUGACCCUCUCGCUGGACACGGUGGAGGAGGUGCUGUCGGUCAGCAAGAUCCUGCACAUCCCGCAGGUCACCAAGCUGUGCGUGCAGUUCCUCAACGACCAGAUCUCGGUGCAGAACUACAAGCAGGUGUGCAAGAUCGCCGCCCUGCACGGCCUGGAGGAGACCAAGAAGCUGGCCAACAAGUACCUGGUGGAGGACGUGCUGCUGCUCAACUUCGAGGAGAUGCGCGCCCUGCUCGACUCGCUGCCCCCCCCCGUCGAGUCGGAGCUGGCGCUCUUCCAGAUGUCCGUGCUCUGGCUGGAGCACGACCGGGAGACCCGCAUGCAGUACGCCCCGGACCUGAUGAAGCGCCUCCGCUUCGCCCUCAUCCCGGCGCCGGAGCUGGUGGAGCGGGUCCAGUCGGUGGAUUUCAUGCGCACCGACCCCGUCUGCCAGAAGCUGCUGCUGGACGCCAUGAACUACCACCUGAUGCCCUUCAGGCAGCACUGCCGGCAGAGCCUGGCUAGCAGAAUUCGUUCCAAUAAGAAAAUGCUGUUAUUGGUUGGAGGAUUGCCUCCCGGACCUGACCGGCUACCCAGCAAUUUGGUUCAGUAUUAUGAUGAUGAAAAGAAAACGUGGAAAAUACUGACAAUUAUGCCAUAUAACAGUGCCCAUCACUGUGUCGUGGAAGUGGAAAACUUCUUGUUCGUGCUGGGAGGAGAAGACCAAUGGAACCCUAAUGGGAAACACAGUACAAACUUUGUUAGCCGAUACGAUCCCAGGUUUAACAGCUGGAUACAACUUCCACCCAUGCAAGAGAGGAGAGCCAGUUUCUACGCCUGUCGCCUUGACAAGAACUUGUACGUAAUCGGUGGAAGAAACGAAACUGGCUACUUGUCCAGUGUGGAGUGCUACAAUCUGGAAACAAACGAGUGGCGUUAUGUGUCUUCGUUACCGCAACCUUUGGCAGCCCAUGCGGGAGCUGUUCAUAAUGGCAAGAUAUAUAUUUCAGGAGGUGUUCACAAUGGAGAAUAUGUCCCCUGGCUGUACUGCUAUGACCCUGUAAUGGACGUCUGGGCCCGAAAACAGGACAUGAACACAAAGCGAGCAAUCCACACUUUGGCUGUAAUGAAUGAUCGACUGUAUGCAAUUGGAGGAAACCAUUUGAAAGGUUUCUCCCAUCUUGACGUAAUGCUUGUGGAAUGCUACGAUCCAAAAGGCGACCAGUGGAAUAUCCUCCAGACUCCUAUUCUGGAGGGUCGCAGUGGCCCUGGCUGCGCAGUCCUUGACGACAGUAUUUACCUUGUAGGAGGCUACAGCUGGAGUAUGGGAGCCUACAAAUCUUCUACUAUUUGCUAUAGUCCUGAGAAAGGGACUUGGACAGAACUAGAAGGAGAUGUUGCUGAGCCACUCGCAGGACCUGCCUGUUCAACUGUCAUAUUGCCAGCCUGCGUACCGUACAACAAAUGAUGGUCAAGGAGCACUGA